AACAAACCAAACCUACAUGUUAAGCCUACGUGUUUACGUUGCGAGAUGACGGAAGAAACCAAGUUCCCUUCAGUAAUAGAGUUAAAUGUCGGUGGAAGACAUUUUACAACUAGUCUCCUUACCUUGAUUAAAUCGGAAGGCACCAUGCUUGCAGCAAUGUUUAGUGGUAAUUAUGAUGUCAAAAAGGACAAAAACGGGCGAUACUUCAUUGAUGCCGAUGGUGAUACUUUUGUCCACGUGUUGAAUUAUCUAAGAUACGGUGAGCUUCCGCCUGCACAACACGUCCAUUCUGUCUAUCGUGAUGCUGUCUACUUUGGACUCAUUGGCUUGACAGAGGAAUUAGAACGCUAUCCUAGCAUGCUUUCAAAAAUCCAAAGAGAUGCAUAUAGAACUCAAUUCCCUGGCUAUCAAAAUGCUUUGGUGAAGAUUUUGGACACUGUGACAGAUUCCAACCAAAAGAUUAUUGAUACCACUUCAGAUAUUUUCAUUGUACUUUUUGCUAAAGUUAAGAAAAAUAAACUACCAAAUUUUGAUAAAAAUCAUGUAUGUGCUUACAAACCGAAAAACAAAGAAAACAAGCAUGCUGAUGUUUCUUUAGGACCCUGGGAUAUCCCAACACCAGAGAAAGAUGUUAUGAACUGUAUAACCUUUGACCUCAAAGAGCAAGGAUUUAUUGUGACCCAUGACAUGCUAGGACAGUGUAAUUACAUGUGUGAAAAAAUCCCAGGAACACCUGGACAACUCUUGGUAGAAAAUUGUUGUUAUUCAAUGUUUAAAAUUACAUUUCAUUGGUGGAAAAUGUGAUGUUUGUUUCCAUCUUAGGACAUGUGUUGUUUCCUUGCAUCAUUAGUUCCUUUGUUUAAUUACCCUUUUCACAUUGUUCCUGAAAUACAUUGAUGUGCAUUGUUUACAUUAGUGUAGUUUUACAUAUAUUGAAAAAUCAAUUCUCAAACUUCAUUAUUUUAAUAAUAAUGUGUAUUAAUUCUGAUUUUAUGAUUUCAUUUGACACAUAUUUAUACUUUUAAACUGGAUAUAAUUGAAAAUGAUAUAUUAGUUUACACACUUUUAACAAAAAUAAAUUUGACAAGUAAUGAAUUUAUGGUAAAUGUUCUAUAUAUGGAAUGUUGUUACUGCAUGAGCCAACAAGUAUGAGUGGAGGCCUUUUUAUGAUAUAGCUCAUGAAUACAAAAUUAUACAUAUAUUUGAGUUAGGUUUUACAUUGUUGUUAAAUUCUCAAAUAUUUUUAAAUUGUUAAAAUAUCUGUUUGGAAUUAUGCGCUGAAUAUAUAUUGUUAGUGAGUAAAUGAUUUAUUACGUUGAA